UCCGUCCUCCGCGCCGCCGUGCGCCAAAACUACAGUUCCCACAAGCAGCCACGGUGCGCUCCCGCCUCCCAUUGGCUGUGCGCUGAAGCCGCAGCCCCAGAGAAUGAAUGAAAUUGAAAUGCUACAUUACAUGUAGAAAACCACCGGCUCUGCGGUGUUGCAUUCUAUCACACUAUAUCAAAAUGGCCACAGCGGUGCAGAACCCCCUCAAAUCGCAAUCUGGAGGUGCAGUCAUCAAGAACAGCCUCGGUGAGGAGUUUUAUAAGGAAGCCAUUGAACACUGUCGGAGCUACAAUGCCCGUCUGUGUGCGGAGCGGUCCAUGCGCCUCCCGUUCCUGGACUCCCAGACCGGCGUGGCUCAAAGCAACUGUUAUAUCUGGAUGGAGAAGAACCACCGUGGGCCAGGUCACGCCCCGGGUCAGCUUUACACAUAUCCAGCUCGCUGCUGGCGCAAGAAGAGACGGCUAAACAUCUUGGAGGACCCUCGGCUUGUUCCUAUAGAGUUUAAGAUUGACUAUGAAGCCUCUUUAAAGAAGGAGGGGGGGAUCCCAGAUGGUCCUGUUUUGGAGUCACUGCUUGCUGGGGAAACCCUGGACAAGAAGGUGGAAACCAAGGAGGAAGAGCCGAUGAGUGAAUGUCAGAAGCUGCUGGUUGGAGAUUUCCCUCAUGAACUGGAGGUGGACGAGAUGGAGGAAGAUGUUCCAAAGCGCAAGAAUCGUACCAAAGGACGGGCCUAUGGUGUUGGAGGUAUGAGAAAGAGACAGGAACCGCCUGCCAUUGAAGACAGAGACAAGCCUUACGUCUGUGACAUCUGUGGAAAGCGAUAUAAGAACCGCCCAGGGCUGAGCUACCACUACACACACACACACCUGGCAGACGAGGAGGGCGAGGAAGACUCGGAACGACACACGCUCCCCUUCCAGCGCAAGAACAACCACAAACCCAAGAAAGCACCAGAUGGCUCGGUCAUCGCCAAUGGAUACUGCGACUUUUGCCUUGGAGGUUCAAAGAAGACCGGCUGUCCUGAAGACCUCAUUUCCUGUGCAGACUGUGGACGCUCAGGCCACCCUUCCUGCCUGCAGUUUACAGUGAACAUGACGGCUGCUGUGAGGACCUAUCGCUGGCAAUGCAUCGAGUGCAAAUCCUGCAGCCUCUGCGGCACCUCUGAGAAUGACGACCAGCUGCUGUUCUGUGAUGAUUGUGACAGAGGGUACCACAUGUACUGUCUGAGUCCUCCUAUGUCUGAACCGCCAGAGGGGAGCUGGAGCUGUCAUCUGUGUCUGAGACAACUGAAGGAGAAGGCCUCGGCCUACAUCACCCUCACCUAAUCUGUGGAGCUCAUCUUUUCUGCCUCUCCCCAAACCGCCCCUCCAUCCUCCUCCUCUGAGCUUCAGCCCCCUGCCUCUCCUCCUUUGAUCCCCAACCUGCUGGUUCCCUUUGGCACCACUGAGCCCUCGCAGCGCUGCACCCACUCAUGAACGUCCCUCCAGCACCCGGCCAACCUUUAGUCUGGAAAAUUCCCCGUUGUGCUUCUCUUGACCCCCCUUCUCUUCAGUGCUCUGUGUCAGCAGAGAAGUUUGCUUGAAAGACUCGCCAGGUAACUUAGGGUCCUUCUGAGACGGACUGCUGCGGGAACCCUCUGAAGAACCUGGAUGAACCCUGAUGAUCUCCAGCUGCAGCUCAGUUCAGCUGUGAGUGAGAUUUAAUACGAUGAUUAAGCGUUAAGGACGCUGCCGUGAAGAGCCUGUUUAAAGGAUGGAGUACGAUGUGUCAGCUUCCACGUUUGGAGCUGCAGCCCCUCUGCUGGCCUUCUGCGUCUGUGGAGGAGUGUGGUGCUGAACUCUGCUGAGGUUGAGGAAACAGACUGUAUAGGACUCAAACUCUUUCCAGAUCACUCAUUCAUGAAGAUGUUUCUGAAAGCAUCGGGUCAAGAACUGCUCUGGACCUCAGAUACUCUUCUCCAUGCUGAUACAGACUGAUGCCACGUUUGGGGCUUGAUCGAUUCAGAAGGCUGUGAAUGUUUUUUUCAAAUCAGCUGUUUUGAAUGAAGACAGUAUUUCAGAAAA